AUGCCGCUAUGUGCAGCAUGCUGCAUCACGAAAGGCUAUAAUAAAUUUCACGGAGGACAACGUCACUUGUUGCGUCCCGUUUGCAAGGAAUGUUUCCGCACUGGGAAAAGGGCAGUGGAAUUAGGUGGCGAUCCUGAGAAGCUUCCGAUACGAGCUCCAGGUGACAAGGAAACUGCGAGUUUGAACGAUUUUCAGCUACUGAAGGUCAUUGGUCAAGGCGCAUUUGGCAAGGUUUUAUUGGUUCGGCACUCUGCUAUCAAAACUGUACACGCAAUGAAGAUUAUAAGCAAACAGUUCAUCAUCAAUAUGGAUAGCGUUCAUUAUAUGAAGACUGAGCGCGAUGUAAUGACAAGGAUCCGUCACCCUUUUGUGAUUGGCCUGCAUUACGCUUUUCAAACAGAUUCAAAGGUUUACCUUGUGAUGGAGUACCAGUCCGGAGGAGAGUUGUUUUCUUAUUUAAAAGAGGAAGGGACUUUUACGGAGGAUGCAGCACGCUUUUAUCUGGCUGAAAUGAUUUUAGCGCUGGAACACCUCCAUGGACACGGCAUUAUUCACCGGGAUCUCAAGCCCGAAAAUGUACUGAUAUCAGCUGAAGGACACAUCAAAUUAACGGACUUUGGAUUGGCAAAAGAGUUUAUCGAAGGGCAGGAUCUGAUGACAAUAUGUGGUACCAAAGAAUAUAUGGCCCCGGAAAUGCUACUCGGCAAGGGAUAUGACUCGGCUGCGGACUGGUGGUCUCUUGGCGCGCUUGCGUACGAAAUGCUGGUUGGAAAACCACCUUUUACUUCAAGAAGAACCACGGACUUACACAAGCAGAUUCUAUCAGCCAAGAUUCAAUUACCACCAUGGCUUUCCGGCGAAGCGCACUCGUUACUCAAGUCUCUUUUGGAACGUAAUGUAAGCAAAAGGCUUGGCGGCGGUAAAUCGUCUAUGUUUGUGGUAAAGGGAGUGCACGCCUUAAAACGCCAUCCUUUUUUUAAGUCGGUAAACUGGAAGAAAAUGGAAACCCUUUGCGUUCCUCCUCCCAUGGUGCCUAACAUUUCUGACGAGGCAGACACCAGUUAUUUCGAUAAGAAAUUCACAAGUAUGUCUGCGUCUGACCUGUUUUGCGACGCGGUAAUUGAUGAGGACAACAAUUUGUUUCGAGGAUUUUCAUUUUGUCGCCGGGAAAGCAUCAAGGGAUUCUUAUAA